AUGGCAUUUUGCUCUGGCUCCCAUACUAUGAAAGCGUUGGCUCUGAGUCCAAAUUUUUGGGCACACACUCGGCACGGAGCGGGCUUUUCAGCCUACCCGUGGAGGACGCCCAUGGUUCUUGAAUUGCCAGACUGGCCGGCCUGGGCUAGUCGAACCUUUUUGGUCUUAGCCGCAAUCACCUCCUUUGUGGCCAUCGGCGAAAGAGUUGCCUCAAGGAGUAGCGAUGGCAAGGAGGAGGAAGAGAAGCCCAGCGGUGAGAAGCUUGCAGAGUUCCGGUCAUUCCAACGGCAGUACCUCACAGUCUACACUAUCAUCAUGGGUGCAGACUGGCUGCAGGGUACGAACAUGUACACGCUCUACCAAAGCUACAACGUAGAUAUCAGCACCUUGUUCGUGACUGGUUUUACCUCAUCGGCAAUUUUCGGGACGAUCGUCGGAAUGUACGUCGACAUUUGGGGCCGCAAGCUUGGGUGCAUCGUGUACCUCAUCAUUGAGGUGGUGGUCAACGUCUUCGAGCACUUCAACAACUUCCCCUUGUUGCUUCUGGGUCGUGUCCUUGGCGGAGUGAGCACGUCUCUUCUCUUCUCGGCUUUUGAGACAUGGAUGGUCUCCGAGCACCGGAAGCGUGGCUUCCCCGAGGGUUGGCUUGCAGACACAUUUGGUACUGCUUCCUUUAUCAACGGGCUGUCUGCAAUUAUCGCUGGGAUUUGUGCUCAACUUGUAGCUGAUCGCCUGGGUGAAAUUGGGCCCUUUCAAGCGGCAAUUUUGCUGACGGUCUUGGCACUCUUCUUCGUGGUCUUUUGGGAAGAAAACUAUGGAAGCAGCGAUGAAGAGGGCAAGAAAGAGUCGAAAGAGUCGGAAAGCUCCACAAACGCAGCUGCAGCUUUCAAGGCCAUUGUAUCAGACAGGAAGAUCUUCCUCACCGGCCUUGUGAACUCUUUGUUUGAGGGGUCGAUGUACUCCUUCGUUUUCAUGUGGGUGCCCAGCAUGCUGCAAGCCUUAAAUGGCAGGCCAUUGCCAACGGGUUUGGUUUUUUCCAGCUUCAUGACUUGCAUGUCGUUGGGCGGCUUGCUUUUCUCGCCACACUUGCUGUUGGGACUUUGCAGUGCAGAACAGCUUGCUGUAGGCGUUUUCUUGGUCGGAGCUGCGGCGCUCGCAGUGCCGGUCUACUCCAGCAGCUUGAUCCCCGUGCUGCUGAGCUUCAUCAUUUUUGAGACUUGCGUCGGUGUCUUCUUCCCCUGCCUGGGCCUGCUGCGAUCAAAGGUGAUCCCAGACUCCAUCCAGGGUAGUGUGAUGAAUAUCUUCAGGGUUCCCCUGAAUAUCUUUGUGGUGAUUGGAACGAAGCUCACCGAUAUUUAUCCGACACAGACUGUCUUCUCGAUCAUCGUGUCAUGGCUGCUUGCGGGCGCGGUGAUGCAGGUAGUUCUCGUGAUGUCCAUGAAGAGUGGAAAGAAGGUGGACUAA